CUGCAUUCUCCAGGAGGGAUCACACUAAAACGACACACUCCGAUUCAGUUCCAUCGCCUCUCGGAGUUUAUUUAGUCUCUGUACGAUCGAUAUAACUCAUACCUUCGACUCCAUCAUUUACAACGCCCCUCCUCAAACAUGCGCGUCAAGGAUACCGGUUCAAGUGGACAACCUAAAGUUUGCGAUACGACCGAGAUUCACCCGGGUUUUGUGGUUUUUGCUUCCUCCACCUUGCCGGAUGUCCGACAGCUGAGGCCACGGCCUUAUGUAGUGCUUUUUCGCAAACAGAAAUAUAUUAUAAGUUUGCCAUUCACCUCGCCCAGGUUAUGUCGGUCGUUUGGCGAUGCUCGUCGCUAUUGCGAGAGGGAACCGGAUACCUACUACCCAAUAGCACCCAACGAAAAUGGCGGUAUUUAUGAGCCGAUAAGUGUUGUGUUGGGGUCUUUUUCAGGAUACAUUGAUCUCUUAUGCCCAACAACCCUUGGGAAGCAUACAAUCGAGUGGGGUAGGAAUAUGGGCAGGAUAUCGGGCGAGGAUCUCACCAAAGUCAUUCGUGCUCACAAACGACUUGCGUGGGGCGUAGAGGAUGUUCCCCACAAACCAAGGAUCGCCCCGCCUUUGGCGGACAUUUCUUCCGCAAUGCCCUUGUCACAAUCUGAGCCGGGUUCGACCCAGGGUGUGGAUAGCGACCGCCAAAGCCCGCGGCGCCGCCACUUCCCUACCAAAGCUAGACCCCGUAAUCGUGGCUCCCCAGACGACGAAAGUGACGGGAAGGGCGGGGGGGACAAUCAGGACUCCAGAGGCCUCACGCGAGGCCGGCGGGAAGCCUGUCCCCAAGAUAGCACCGUGAGACAUAAACGAAGGUGGCAGGAUAGUGGUCAAAAAUCAUUGAAGAGAACACGCCAUCUGAGUCCCAGUCCAGUAGAUACCAUCCGAGGCGCAGAGUGCCGUACUGGAAGGGGAUAUUUAGAUUGUUAUACGAAACUGGAAGGGGCAUCAGAAGAAGUAUCUACACUAUCCCCCACAAGCGCCAAGUCAUGGGUCUGGUCAGGCACCUCGAGCGAGUCGGAAGAAACCUCGGAGGCAACGAGAGAGGGGGGGAUAGGCCAGGAAUGUAUAGCAGGCCCGAAUAUGACUUCCCCAUGGGCUCCCCCCUUCGACGGCCAAGCAUUUCUUCCCCACUGCAGUCAGUCAUCACGAUGUCUACCAUCACCCUUGAGUACUAGACGCCCGUUCGACGCCUCGACCUUUGUAACCAUUGAUGCCGCCUCCCCAGGAGCCCGAACUUCCCCACCAAAUCCUGACGUUGACGGGCGCCAUGAGUUUUCCCAUCGCUAUUCCGUCCAGCCUUACCGUCGCUUCUAGUAGUGCAGCCAUGCCUACCGAGCACAGCGUUGUGACGAAGACUUGACUGGGCCAAAGGGGGGUUGCUUUUUCCCCAUGAGUACAGAACCUGGAGUUCGGCUUGGAACCACGGGCUCAUAGACAUGUUGGUUUGGCGGGCGAAAAAACCAUUUUCUCCAGCACUCCCGCAAUUGUCUGGUGUAGGUGGGGAUAGGUGGGCAGUGGUAUUGAGGGCGGUGGAGGGAUAUGCCCUGAAUUCGGCUUGGACCAAGUUCUUUAUUGUUUUUUGCCGCCUACGCUGCUCCAUAAUCCCAAUAUAUUGGAAUUUUCUCCAUAAA